GCAUGGCAACACUGUAAGAGAACAAGUUUACGAAAGCUCCCGGUGUAUCGCAUGUGACAUUUGUCACGAGGUUUACGUCCACGGUGAAUUCUAGUUUACGACUGAUUCUUCACGUUUAAGCAAGAAGUUAUGAGUUUAGGAAAAGCUCAGGCAGCAUUUUGUUUGGGAGAGCACACGUUAACUGUACCGGUUGCUCUUCAUUCCCUAAAUCGUCAACGACUUUGUGAGCGACUGAGAAAAAAGAAUGAUGUUCCCAAAAAGUCUGUCGUGCUUUUGCAGGGCGGAGAGUCAACCACGCGCUACUGUUCCGACGUGGAGGACGUCUUCCGUCAGGAAUCCUUUUUUCAUUGGGCUUUUGGAGUCUUGGAACCAGAUUGUUACGGCGCCAUUGAUGUAAAAACUGGAAAAUCUUAUAUAUUCGUCCCUAAACUUCCUGAAUCUUACGCCAUUUGGAUGGGAAAACUGCAUACUCUUGAAUACUUCAAAGAAAAGUAUGGAGUUGACGAAGCUCAUUAUAUCUGUGAUAUUGAAAAUGUAUUGACUUCAUUGCAAUCCGAAGUAUUAUUAACUCUCAAAGGAUUAAAUACAGACAGUGGAAAGAUAUCGCGAGAAGCUGCAUUUGACGGCAUUGGCAAAUUUACUGUAAACAAUACACUUCUUCAUCCAGAAAUUGUGGAAUGUCGUGUUAUCAAGACACCAUAUGAAAUAGAAGUUUUGAGGUAUACAAACCGUAUUAGCAGUGAAGCACACAAAGAAGUAAUGAAACAAAUAAGACCAGGAAUGAAAGAAUAUCAAUUGGAAAGCAUAUUCUUGCAUUAUUGUUAUUAUACAGGAGGAGCUCGACAUGUUUCGUACACAUGCAUAUGUGGAAGUGGUGAAAAUGGUGCAGUUUUACAUUACGGGCAUGCUGGUGCACCAAAUGAUAAGACUGUUCAAGAUGGUGAUAUGUGUCUAUUUGACAUGGGAUGUGAAUAUAAUUGCUAUGCAUCGGACAUCACGUGCUCGUUUCCCGCUAAUGGUAAAUUUACAACACAGCAAAAAGCCAUAUACGAGUCCGUUUAUAAAGCUAGUCGUGCUGUAAUGAAGGCAGUUAAACCAGGUGUUUCUUGGGUUGACAUGCACCUAUUGGCCUGUCAAGUUCAGUUAGAAGAAUUGAAAAAGCAUGGUUUAUUGAAAGGUGACAUAGAAGAUAUGAUGAAGGUCCAUCUUGGGGCAACAUUUAUGCCUCAUGGUCUUGGACAUUUCAUGGGGUGCGACGUACAUGAUGUCGGUGGUUAUCCAGAGUGCGGACCGGAACGAGUAAACGCUCCCGGAUUAAGAAACUUAAGAACCGCUCGUCUCCUCGAAGAAGGGAUGGUAUUAACUAUUGAACCUGGAAUAUAUUUUAUUGAUGCAUUAUUAGAUCAAGCUUUAAAUGAUCCUCAACUUUCCCAGUUUUUGGUUCCUGACGUAAUCGAGCAAUAUCGUGGAUUUGGAGGAGUCAGAAUUGAAGACGAUAUUGUAAUAACGUCGGAUGGCAUGGAGCUGUUAACGUGUGUCCCUCGUGCAGUCGAGGAAAUAGAAAAACUCAUGGAAGAAGGUAGAAAAUUAAACGUGACGUUUCCACAACAGAAAUUGCAAGAAUAGAGUUUAACGGCAACAACAACUCAUCUGAAGACAUCUUAACAAAUCUGGGCACAAGAAGAUUUUGGGUUUAUUAAUUUGUUGGUUACAAUUCUUUUUGUUUGGAAACACAAAUUCUUUUGUCAAUAUUUUAAAAUAAUACACAAAUGUUAACUUUUGUAAUAUGUUACUUACACAUAAGAAUCUUCAGUUUGUUUCGGCUUCUGUAACUUGUCGAUUCUAUAAAUACGGAAAAGAAUAAAAGAGUACGGUUCAAAAAA